AAAGAAUUAUUGAAAAGACAUACACAAAUAUUUUUUCCACAUUUAUGUACAUAUUUACCAUCAUUACGUUUAAUUGAAGAUAAUCGUUUAACUAUAAAUUUAAUUGAGAUAUAUAGUGAUCGGCUAAUGCUAUCAAUAAAAAAAUAUUAUGAAUUAUUAGAUGAUAAUAAUGAUAAUUUAUUGAAUAUUUAUCAAGUAGUACAAAAUGAAUAUUUUACUAAUAAACAAUUAUUACAUCAAUGGACAUUAAACGAAUAUUCUAAUGCAACUGGCUAUUUUUCAUUUCGAAAAAUUUUUGCUAUAUCAAUAGGUUUUUAUUCUACAUUAAACUAUAUAUUUGGUUUUAAUAUGUAUACAAAUAAUCAAUUAAAUAUACAACGUUCAAUAGGAAAUAUUAAUCCAUUAUAUCUUAAAUUACAAUAUGAUUCAAAUAAACAAGAAGAAAAUAUUUAUUUAACACCAAAUAUUGAUACAUUUAUUAACUGUUUUGGUAAAAUGGGACCAUUAACAGGAACGAUUCUAGCAACAUUAACAGCAUUAGCACAACCUAAACAUCAAAUUGCUGAAUAUUUAAAGAUUUUCUAUAAAGAAGAUAUACAUAUAAAACAACCAAAACUGACACAAAAAGAAUGUGUUGACCUAGCUGAAGAUAUUGCUCAUCAAUUGGAAACAAAAUUAAAUCAAUUUACUAAUUUUGAUGUAUCGAAAACAAUAGUUUCUCAACUUGUGCAAAAAUCUACAGAUAUCAAUCAACUUUUACGUCUUAAUCCGCUUUAUUAUCCUUGA